UCCUGGCUGUGGGGUUUUUUUUCUUUCUUUUUUUUUUAAGUCAGACACAGACAGAGCUGUUGAGCAAAAUGCAGACUCCGCAGAAAAGCCCAAGCCUCAGACCAUUCAAGCAGAGGAAGAGUUUGGCAACCAGACAAGAGGAAGUGGCUGGAAUCCGGGCAAAGUUCCCAAACAAGAUCCCGGUGGUAGUGGAGCGCUACUCCAGGGAGAAGUUCCUGCCCCUGCUGGACAAGACCAAGUUCCUGGUCCCGCAGGAGCUGACCAUGACCCAGUUCCUCAGCAUCAUCCGAAGCCACAUGGUCCUCGGGGCCACUGAAGCCUUUUACUUGCUAGUGAACAACAAGAGUACGGUCAGCAUGAGCAUGACCAUGGCAGAGGUCUACAGGGACUACAGGGAUGAGGACGGCUUCGUGUACAUGACCUACGCCUCCCAGGAGAUGUUCGGCUGAGGGGACCCUGAGGCCCCAGGGAUGGAGCUGCCUGCAGAGGGGACCCUGCCAUCCUCUCCAGCAGCAGGACCCAAGAGCUUCCUCCUGUGCACGAUGGACCCACAGGGAGCAGCGCCCACGGGACCGGAAAACCGGGCCGCCCUGUCCCCUUUAGUGCAUAUGCCCUGUGUUCUCUCUCUGGGAAAACGCGGUGCUCCUGGGAAUUGUGGACAUAAUGAUCUUCUGGGUAAGAGAUGGUUCCACAUGCGGUGGUUUUGUGUGAUGGCGAAGUGUCUUCCAUGGUGGAGGCCGUAGACCCUGGAGUUUGGUGUCACCUGGUGCGGCCGGAGUCCCGUGUAUGCUCAGCCAUGGAGAACCUGGGCCUGGGGACAGGACUGGCUCUGUGGAACCCAGGAGCCCUUGUG